CUGUUUCGUCGUUUUUCCUUUCCUAUUUCAUUGCCUUUGAGUUCUCGUCGUCCUUCUCGGUCUUCUCGUGGAUGGUGCUCGCGUUGACUCUCCCUUCCUUCUUCGCCGAUACGUUGCCUUCUUCCACCACAUCGAUACACCGUAAUCCGGAGAAUCCUAUGGAUCUUCUUUAUCCAGAUUUUACAUUUUCCAAAUACUGUAUACCUAAAAGUACCUGCUCCAGUUCUCCCUUCGAAUAAGGAUGGAAUCUGUCGCUAGUACAUCUACGGACGAAGCAAAUAUUAUCGGACACAAUCAAGGUUUAACAUCAGCAGUUCAAGAUCCUAAAGAAAUCGUAAAUGAAAUAUUUAGGUGCUCUUGUUGUUCAUUAGAGGAACGAUUUAAUUUCAAGGGUAUCAAAGCACCAUUCGCGCGGCAAUUAAGUUAUCUAGAAGAAUGUUAUAUUAUGAAAGAUCCUUUUAGUUUACCGAACAAAGGAGAAGUUUUAGUAUUAGGAGCUGAUUGUAAUUUUUGCAAAAAACCUGUAUGUUUAGAAUGUAGUAUAUAUUUCGGUAAACGGUUUUGUGUAAAAUGCGCGUUAUGUAAUAUACAAAAUUUGCCAUCACAACUACAUUCUAAAGUAAAAAAUUUAAUAAAAGAAAGAGAUUCAUAA